CGGAGGACAAUCAAAUUUAAUCAUCCAGGAGUGAAACAACGGCGGGCAUUGAGCAUCUCUGUUGAGCAUCACGGCAGAGUAUAAUUAUGGCCAGCUCUCGUGGCCCAGGGCCACUUCAGCUCGAACGGAUACGUGAGGCGAGAGAUGUAGGGGACUCCGGCCUUGACGUCGAUGUUCAUCCCUCUAAUGGAUGGCUCGUUUUCAUACGCGAUGAAAAGUUUCUCGAAGUGUGGAACUUCAGAUACUGUCGUCUGGUGGCAAGAAGGGCCAGUGCUUCACGUACGAGAUAUUUGGUGGCGAGAUUCUUAUGCAGGGAAGCCUGGGUUGUGGUGCUUUAUCUCACGAUCCAUGGGUACGGGAUGUUUACGUAUAGCAUUAAGAUGGACGUGGAAAAGCUCGGGACUUGGGAAUUUAUUACAGCCAAAAAAUGCUUUAGAGUUGCGGGUCCAUCGGGCACGUUGAGCCAGAUGGUAGCUCAGCAUCACUCCUCGUGGAAUUCACCGCCACUGGUGGUCCACAGCAGUUCACGGUACAUACUGACAGCUGUGAAGUCCUCAGUUCGGAGGGUGCACUCGGAAUCCAAUGCUGGCGAAUGGGAUAUAGAACGCUUUGAGGGACAACCUGAGGUAACACAGCUGUCAUUUCAUCCUGUGGACUCAGAAAUUUUUGCAUCUGGCAGCCGUGGUGGUGCAAUACGACUGCGUGACCAUGGGAAAUGGUUUGUUCUUCAGACGGAUGAAGCAAGGAAUGGCAUUAGCUCGAUGGAGUUCUGCAGCGAUCGACAAAAGUCACUGCUGAUCACCGGUAGCCAUCGUGGGAAAGUACAGAUCUGGGAUUACAAGGACAGAGUAUGUGUUAAGAUUCUUGAAGUUGGUGGAAGAUGGGAGUAUGCAAUUGCACGAUUCCAUCCAGUGCGACCGUAUAUAGUGUGUGCAUUACAGAGUGGAAGAAUCGAAGUGUACGAUGAUGGUCCAGACUACAAGCCAGUGUGCAGUCAUCCCACUGGCCUGGGAGAAGUGUGGACCAUGGUUCUCUACAGAGAGGCCAAGCGGCUCAUCGUCGGAGGUCGAGGAGCGUUCCUCAUCAUGAAGGCGUAUGAACCUGAUCCGCAUCCCGCAAAGAUGGUAAAGAUGGAAAGCAUAUCGGAGCAAGGCACUCAAGAAGUAGUCGUAGCAACUGUGCAGAAGAAGGCAAACGAGAGCAGGCUGGCAGAAGAGAUAAGGAGGCCUCAUGUGACCGUCUCGAUUGAUCGAUUAAGAGUAGGGAGGGCGUCGUCGCCAUCGGGAUCGAAGCAUGAAAAACCCGAUGAGUUCAAUUUGGGAGAAGCAGGAAUGUUGGUGGAGCUGGAAUCUGAGGAUUCUGGUUCAGACGGCGAGGGAAAAAAAAAAAAUCAGCUCAAAGCUGAUGCAAGCGAUUGGGUGGAAGAGACCCGGAUGCCGACCAAGAGAUUUGCGCAGUCUGGGUCACGUAACAAAGAGAACGAGAUCAUCAGGAAUGGAGAGAGAGUCAAGGUGAUUGGCACCGGGGUAAGCAAUGUUCCCCUGCGCAGGGAGGUCCCGAAAGAGGGAGUCAGGCCAUUUGGAUCGACGGAAGAGGAACGUGAGCGAAGGGAAACGAAGAAGAUCUGCCCUCUGGAGAUUUUUACACAGCAUAGGCAUAGUCUACCAAAGGAGAGCGGACAGUCAAUGAGGAUGGAGCGACCCAGAGUAUUAGAGUGCGAGGAGGAGGGGAGAACCUAUGUACGGGCGGCCGAUCAGCCCCAGAGGACGGACGCAGAGAGGAUUAAAGAACACGUGGAACAAUAGAAAAGACGGAAUUAACAAAAGAGAGAUGGAGGCAUGAAGACAGGAUAAAGAAGCUUGAGAGGG